AUGACUAGGCGAGGCUCACCGGGCAAACAAGGCUCCAUGACGAGCCCAGAGGAGUUCAUCGAAGAUGAAAAGUGGGAAUGGCGCUCUUUGCAAGCGCUUGAAGAGGUCUACCGCCAUGAGCGCUGUGAGCGGCGCGAGGAUGAUGGCAACCUUGAUACAAUGGAGAAGACCCACUUGAUCUCGUGGUAUCAUGGCUACGGACCCACUCGGCGCAAACUCCAGCGCCAUCCUCCUCAGACCCACGACUUAUCGGGACUUAAUUUCGGCGAGCCGGCAAGGUGGGCUGCGACGGGACCAUCGGUAGCCAAGACGGGCCGAGCCGCCGAAGCGGAUCGCAUUGCGUGGCUGCCGAGCGCGGCAGCUGAUAUGGCAGAGGCUUUUGCUCCGUGUCUUCCCCACACUACUGUCGCAGUACCACAGUCCGGUUAUACGCCCACCGACGUUCACUUCUGGGAAGCGGAUGUCGAGCGGAUGUGGAAGAGCAAGACUCUGAUCUUGCUGCAAAUCAUGGUCGUCUUGAUCCUAGCGCAGUCGGCUCUCGCUGCGGUCGAGCAAGAUUAUCCGAUCUUUCCUCUUCCCGAGGAGGUACCGCCCGAGAGUCAGGACGGCCGCAUCAUCUACACAGGACCCGUCAAUGAGGAUCUUUAUCCUGUGGUGCAGCGUCCGGCUCCUAUCUCACAGAAUCUGCCUUCGUCCAAACCAGGCACGCGGCCUACCCUGGUAGCGGCCGACAUGGCGCGUGGCCAAGACGGAGUCCUUGUCCCCGGCAGGCCGUACGCACUCAGGCUUUCGCCAGAGGUGAAACCGACGGGCUGGAGAGGCUUGCUCCCGAAGUGGAAGACCGGUGCGGUCACUUCGUCGACGGACCAGAUGCAACAGCUUCUGCGGGAAAGGCGACCUCUUGACGCCGUCUUCAACCCGACGGCCGUUCCUGAUACAGCUGCUCUCAGUCGUGCCUACUACAGCGUGAAGCUGCCAGGCAACGGAAGGGAUGCCGAGGUGCUUCAGAUGAUGCAGAAGAAGGGCAAGCCGUUCUACGCCAUGGGUGCACGAGGCAAGGUGUUUUACUUUGACACCAAGGAUGGUAAGAGCUGGACAUUCACGGACAAGGUCAGUGACGCCGAUAGGCAAGGAGUCAGCGCCAACCUCGAGCAGGCCAACAAGCAGUAUCAGGCGGCAGUGGCUGCUGAAGCGGAAGCACGAGCGAGAAUCCAGAACAGGAUGCUGGCGAGGCAGCAAGCUGCCCGAGCUGCACGUGCUGCUACCGUGGCUAGGGAAGGCGCAGCGUCUUCUUCAAAGUGGCUUCAGAAGAUCAAGGGCUGGUUCGGCUCGGCUCCAGACGUUUUGAGGCCCGUCCACUUCUGGACAUCAGGCAAGCGAGUAUGGCGCACACAAAGACUGGCCUCGCCUGACAACCAGCUCGUCAUCACACUCCUUUUCUUCCCUUCGCGGUCGUCCUCUCUUUCAAAACCAAUUUGGAUCAUUGCAGCAGCCAGGAACGCCGCUGCCAUGUUGAAUUUCCGCACGAUGCUUGGCAACAUUCUGCGAGCCUCGUUCCUCGCUCAUUUGUUGCUGCUGGUCUGCGAUGUCGCGGGUGCGCCCGUUCAACGAGGAUCGUCUCUGCCUCCCAUCCUCGAGAACUCGCCGUUUGGAGCGCAGCCCAUUGGAACAGAUCCAGCACUGAUCCCGGGCCUACAGGCGACCCGAGCCAGAGCCGCUCUCCGCCGACUGCAGGGUCAAAGCGCCUUCGCCGGAACGAACACCUUCCUUCCAAAAAUGCGCGAGGUGACUUCAGCUCCCGCUGGCAAGGGCGGUUCCAAGUCAUGGUGGCCUUGGUCCGGAUCCGGCGCAGCCUCGACCGACGCCGAGAUCAAUGAGCUCCUGCACGCUUCACCGAUCUCUCAAGCGGGCAAAGGUAUUUCGACCAACCCGGCUACGGUGGGCCGAUCCUACCAGGCGGUGAAGCUGCCCGGUGAGGGUAUGGAUGCUCUGGUGGUUAGCAGGAUGAUGCAGCAGCGAAAGCCAUUCUUUGUCGAGGGCGCCAAAGGCAGAGUCUGGCUGCUGACGCUCACGGGCGAUUUUAGCGCGUACCGUGCGGCCCGACAGCAGGAGAGCAUUGCUGUGCUCGUCAGAGACGCCAUCAAGAGCUGGCCGAUUCCGACGGUGUCCGUGCGCAACACCGGGCUGCAGCAGCAGGUGACAAGGGCCGGACGAUCGGCAGAGGCCAAUGCACCGCUGUGGGAACAGCUCAGCGAUGCUUGGUUCGGAAAGGUCCGCCAGGGCGUCAAGUACAUUCGCCCCGCCUAG